UACCCUCCCCCUCCCGCCCCGCCGCGCGCUCGCGGACAGUCGGCGCGCGGGCCGGGCCGGCGGCCCUCAGCUUUGGUCCUCCGCGUCGCCCAGGGCCCCGGGGGAUGCCCCCGGCCGGGUCCCCCUCAUGGCCGCAGACGUCUUCAUGUACUCGCCGCGCCGGCCCCGCAGCCGGGUGCGCUCGGUACUGCUCAAGCCCCAAGUGCCCGAGGACGACGACGACUCGGACACGGAUGAGCCGUCCCCUCCGCCCGCGUCCGGCGCGGCCACCCCGGCCCGGGCCCACGCGAGCGCUGCGCCGCCGCCGUCCCGGGCCGGGUCGGGCCGCGAGGAGCCCCCGCGCCGCCAGCAGAUCAUCCACAGCGGCCACUUCAUGGUGUCGUCGCCGCACCGCGAGCACCCGCCCAAGAAGGGCUACGAUUUCGACACGGUCAACAAGCAGACGUGCCAGACCUACAGCUUCGGCAAGACCAGCUCCUGCCACCUGUCCAUCGACGCCUCCCUCACCAAGCUCUUCGAGUGCAUGACCCUGGCCUACAGUGGGAAGUUGGUGUCUCCAAAGUGGAAGAAUUUCAAAGGCCUGAAGCUGCAGUGGAGAGACAAGAUCCGGCUCAACAAUGCCAUCUGGCGGGCGUGGUACAUGCAGUACUUGGAGAAGCGCAAGAAUCCUGUGUGCCACUUUGUCACUCCCCUGGACGGCUCCGUUGACGUGGAUGAGCACCGCCGACCAGAGGCCAUCACCACGGAAGGAAAGUACUGGAAAAGCCGCAUCGAGAUCGUGAUCCGGGAGUACCACAAGUGGAGGACCUACUUCAAAAAAAGGCUACAGCAGCACAAGGAUGAGGACCUCUCCAGCCUGGCCCAGGAUGAUGACAUGCUGUACUGGCACAAACGUGGCGAUGGGUGGAAGACCCCAGUGCCCAUGGAGGAGGAUCCGCUGCUGGACACAGACAUGCUCAUGUCAGAAUUCAGUGAUACCCUCUUCUCCACACUGUCUUCACACCAGCCAGUGGCCUGGCCCAACCCGCGGGAGAUAGCACACCUGGGAAAUGCAGACAUGAUCCAGCCGGGGCUGAUCCCUUUGCAGCCCAACCUGGACUUCAUGGACACCUUUGAGCCUUUCCAGGACCUGUUCUCUUCCAGUCGCUCCAUUUUUGGCUCCAUGCUUCUCACACCUGUCUCAGCACCUGCCCCAGAUCCCAACAGCCCACCUGCUCAGGGGAGCGUCCUGCCAACCACCACCCUCCCUGCUGUGAACCUUCCCGACAGCCUCAUUGUGCUCCCCACGGCCCCCUCCCUGGAUCCCGCAGAUGGGCAGGGCUGUGAACGCACCUCCAGGACAGGGGACCCCUUUAUGCAGCCCACAGAUUUUGGUCCCUCGGAGCCACAGCUGAACGUCCCACAGCCCUUCCUCCCCGUCUUCACCAUGCCCCUGCUCUCCCCCAGCCCGGCCCCAUCACCCGUCUCACCAGUGGUGCCGCUGGUUCCUCCUCCCGCCACUGCCCUCAGCCCCCCAACACCCCCUGCCUUCCUGCAGCCACAGAAGUUGGCAGGAGCUAGCAAGGCACCCUCUGUCAUCACGCACACAGCCUCUGCCACCCUCACCCAUGACGCCUCUGCCACCACCUUCAGCCAGAGUCCGGGUCUCGUGAUCACAGCCCACCCCCCUACCCCCUCAGCAUCCCCCUGUGGCCUGGCGCUGUCACCUGUCACUCGGCCACCAGCUGUUGGCCCUCCCCAACCCUGUUUAACUUUUGUGCCCCCUAAACCUGUUCCCUUGACUGGGGGGAGACCCAAGCAGCCCCCCAAAAUAGUGCCUGCUCCCAAGCCAGAGCCUGUGUCCUUGGUGUUGAAGAAUGCUUGCAUCGCCCCAGCUGCCUUUCCAGGCCAGUCACAAGCAGUGAUCAUGACGUCAGGCCCUAUGAAGAGAGAAGGGAUGUUGGCGUCCACCGUGUCCCAGUCCAGUGUGGUCAUCACGCCUGCUGCCAUCGCCAGGGCUCCCCCUGGCGUCGCAGAGUUCCACAGCGGCAUCCUCGUGACAGACCUCGGCCGCGGCACAAGCAGCCAGCCCGCACCCGUCCCCCGUCUCUUUCCCAGCACAGUGCAGGACGCCCUGGUGAAGGGCGAGCAGGUGCCGCUGCAUGGGGGCAGCCCCCAGGUCCCUGCCGCGGGGUCUGGUCGGGACGACCCCAGCUCAGGGCAGGUGUCUCCAUGUGCGUCUGAACAGAGCCCCAGUCCUCAGUCUCCCCAGAACAGCUCAGGGAAAUCUGCAGGGCCCAAAACCAUGGCUGCAUUGAAGAAUCGGCAGAUGAAGCACAUUUCGGCCGAGCAGAAGAGGCGCUUCAACAUCAAGAUGGGCUUCAACACCCUGAACAGUCUGAUCUCCAAUAACUCCAAGCUGACCAGCCGCGCCAUCAUGCUGCAGAAGACCGUGGAGUACAUCACCAAGCUGCAGCAGGAGCGCAGUCAGAUGCAGGAGGAGGCCCGGCGGCUGCGGGAGCAGAUCGAGGAGCUCAACACCACCAUCAUCUCCUGCCAGCAGCUGCUCCCUGCCACGGGGGUCCCCGUCACCGUGCGCCAGUGCCACCGCAUGCGAGACAUGUUUGACGAGUACGUGAAGAGCCGGACGCUGCAGAACUGGAAGUUCUGGAUUUUCAGCAUCAUCAUCAAGCCGCUGUUUGAGUCAUUCAGGGGGGUGGUGUCCACCAGCAGCCUGGAAGAGCUGCACCGGACGACCCUGUCCUGGCUGGACCAGCACUGCUCGCUGCCCAUUCUCAGGCCAAUGGUGCUGAACACCCUCCGCCAGCUGAGCACCACCACAUCCAUCCUCUCCGACCCGUCCCGGCUGCCGGAGCAGGCGUCAGAGGCCGUCAGCAGGCUGGGCCAGAGGUCGGGGGAGUCUUAGCUGCUGGACUGGCCUGUGGACACGUGAGCUGCUGGGAGACCUCUUCCUGCCUGUGGAGAGGAGGCCACGCACCCUCUGCGCCGCGGCCCUGUGCCGCUUGGGAUGCCUUGCUCAGGUCUGAGGCAGGGUCGGACCUGCCCCAACUCUGGCCCCUCUGGGGAGCCCCUUGCUGUGACUUCACUCGCAGACCUCAGUCACCCACCGCCCCUGCCCUCCUGGAGGCGCGGAGGCUCAGAUUUGCCCCCGACCCGGGGUUCUUUGCAACCUGUGCUCUCUGGUGCCCCCUGCAGGGGCAGUGGAGGGCAUCUUUCUCCCUGCCCCGCUCUGACAGCACCUGGCCCUCGUGGGUGGAUCUCGACUUCAUUCCAGGCUUCUGCACAGCGAUGGCCUCCUUCCUGCGCAUGGGCCUCUGGGGGGUGAUGCUUUCUUCAGAGACCCCCAGAACACAUGGGUGCAGAAGCAGUGGGUGUGGACGCUCGCAGGACAAGAACAGAAGCACAAACCACGCAGAGCUGCUGUCUGGCUCGGAGGCCGUCCUGCUGGCGUUUCGUCCGUUGUGGUUGAGUUCCUUGUGGCACGGCAGAGUCUGCAGUGUCACUGUGAGAAUCUCAUGGCAGGGACUUGGCCCAGGCCCUUCUCAGGCGUCCCCGGGCACCGUGGCCCUUCCGCCCUGCUCGCCGCUGACUUCCAGGCUGCAGACCGGGCCGCGGCAGGUGCGCCCCGGGCUGCUGACCCACCUUUUUGCCGCCAGCCUGCUCGCCACAUCGGACCUUCAUUGGGAAGCCCUGAACCACGCAGUUUUCAGACCAAAGAUGCCGCCAUGCCCACGUCGGUCAGUGCUUGUGUUUGCAGAGACGCUGAACGUCGAUAGGCAGAGCUCUGAGCCCGGGCCUCGGGCUUUCUCUAAGGGUUGUCUUCAGACUUGGUCGGACUGGGGCUGGAGCGGAGGGGGCCGUGCCGGAGAAGCGGGGCAGCCCAAGCAGUCCUCACCCUCUCCAGUGGCCCUGUAAGUGGCAGACGCUCUCCCCAGCACAGGGGAUGCAGCCAAGGCACCUCCUGGCAGGAAGAAGGGGCUUGCCAGGCUCCUGUGGUGCGCAGACCACAGGUGUGUCCUUCCACACCUGCCUGCUAGUCCUGGGAGGGCUUUGAGGGAGCCCUAGCGUUCCCCCUGAGGUUCCUGGAGACCUGAGGAACUGGGGUUCGGAAGGGCAGCCCCUCUGCGGUGGCCUCAGUUGUCGGGGGUGGGGGGAGUUUCUCUCCCAACCCCCAUCUCUGCCGCGGGGCCCUGCGCAGCGGCCCGCUCCCAUUUGCCUCAGCCUGUACAGGGCAGUAUGGUGGCGCCUUGCCUGCCCACCCCGCGUUUACAGGCCUGCCUGCCCCCUGCUGGGCGAGCCCCUGGGAAGUGGGACUAGAACUCGUCCUUUGCACACAGCUCAGGACAGAUGGGGAGUCACCUUCAGAGGGUGAAGGUCACUGUAGUAAGAAUUCUACCGGGGUCAGAGGAAAGAAGGGGUCUGGGGGACGGUCCGGAGCCCAGCCCUGCCCACUCCUGUGCCUUGUAGCAUUUGCAAAUGACCAUGUGGCUGGUCCGGCUGAGAACGCUCCUAAAGCAGUGGCUUUCUCCCCAUCCUUGCUGGGAGGACUUUGUUUUUUUUUAACUCCAUGGGAUAUAAAAUUGGCCUUCUGCUUCCUUGGCCUACCUCUCCCUUUUGCUGAAUUACUGUUCACUGCUGUUCCUGACUGUUGUCAUAUUUAAGGCUGUUGGGUUACGUGGGACUUGAAGUGUGUGUGUGUGUGUGUGCGUGCGUGUGCGUGCACACCAGCAGACCCUUAACAAGAUGCAUGUUUUUGUCUUUAGAUACUGACUUAAGUUCACUUCUCUUGGUGCUCAUGAUUGCUGUGGCAGGGAGGCCAUGAUGCUGGACCUCUGCUGCAGCGUUGUGCGUGUGGCCAGGCUGGGGUCUAGCCUUGACCUCCGUGCUGCGCUCCUGGCCCGUGUUCAGGGACAGCUGAGGCCCCCGGGCAGCGGCAGCCUCACGAGGGUGCUGAGUGCCCUCAUUUCCACCGUCACUCUUGUCCCCACUCCCAAAGAAGAAACUGCGGAAUGCUGGCACUUGGAGAACAGAGACUCAUUCAGAAGAGACCAGAACGCCCGCCUCCACGUGCCAUGUUGGAUGCCAUCAGCAGCCAACACCCCCCCCUUGGCUCUUUCACUAUGAAUGGGAGGUGAAGGUGCAGGAUGGGGCUGCCAUGGGGCUUUCUGAGAGCACACGGCAGCGCUCCUCCCUUCGGGGGGCCCACGCCCGGGGCAGGCCGGCGGCGGCGCCGAGGCUCGUGGUGGAGGAGGCUGGAGGGCAGGGGGGCCGUGGAGGCUGCCGUGUGCUCUCCGGCCCUGACUUGCACAUUUCCUCCCUGAAGACCCGGUCCCCCCGCUUUCUAGAGGUCAGUCCUGGAGCUUGUGCUGGCCCAGAGUGAGGGGGCUUGGGUUCUUGGAGGACAGAGCACCCAGCACCCCAAGGUGGUGCCCAGCCCUUGUCCCUCCCCGGGAGGGGCCACGCCCACCACCUGCCCCCGCAGUCUGGGCUCAAGAGAGGGUCUUCUGGGGAGCAUGAGGGUGCAGCUCAGUGACUGCAGUGGCCCUGGCCGUCUUCCCGGGUGAGUCCUGAGGCGGCCUGCUUGCUGCUGCUGCUGCUGCUGUCCCCACUGAACAAGACCCUGCACUCAGCAGAACUCUCAGAGAGCAGCGCUGGUCAGCGUGGGCUGGGCUCCUCCCGUGCUCCCGUGCGUGCGUGUGUGUGUGUGUGUGUGUGUGUGUGGAGGGGGCACUGGCCUCACGCUGCACACCUUGCCCUGGCUCAGGACUCCGUCCUUUCAGUACAUCCAGCGUGGGCAGGCUGAAGACAUCCCCUCCUGUCCUGCCUUCCUGUGCUGUCCCCGCUCCUCGGUGGUCUCUGCCUGUCUGCCUGUGGCCUCCCUCUGCCUGUGGCCUAAGUUGAGCCUCUCUUCCCCCAAGGAGAAAGGAAGUGGUCCUUCCUCAGAUACCCUGCUCCCAGGGAGCUGUGAGGCAGCCACCCUGCUCGUCCUGCGGGGCAGAGGCCCGGGAGAGCACGGGCCUGAGCGGGUGUCUGGGGUCCUGCUCAGCGGGGGAUGCACCCUGUGGUUCAGUCCCCUUGGCCCUUGGAGCACUGAUCUGGAACAGAUGAGCGAAGAGGGGGUGGCGCGCAAGGACGCCCACCUGGCCGUUUCUUCCUGAGCACGUGGCCCACACCCACCACAUGGAACAAUCUGCGUAUCUGCCUUGCAAAAAUUAGCCUUUGAAAACAAAAGGGAACUUCCGUUGAAUGUUGACUUGCUGUGUGCGUGCGCUUGCACCGGCCUGCGCGUGUGUUUACUUCAUGGAAUUUCAUCGUCCUGAAAUUCCUUUCCAGUUAUGUAGCAGAAUUCAAAACCCUGGCCGUGGCUAAUUUGGAGCGCUUGUGUUUCUCAGUGGAGCAGGGAGGUGGUGGAAGGUUGGGAGACACUGAGGUUUUGCUCAUUUCCGCUGUUUCCCUCCAUCUGGGAAGGGGCCGUGGGCUCCUCUGCCUCCUCUGUGGUGCCAUGGCUUGGCAGCCCCCCUCUUCCGUUUUCAGGCUUCGGUUUAUCGCAUCAAUGGCUGGUGUUUUUCUGCUGUGAGCUUUGGAGCCGGUCACACCUCAUGGGCUGAAAGACCCACCCGGGGAAGACUCUGGUUUGACCGGGGGCCCCUCCUCCGGCCUGCGUCCCUGAGCACGCCUCUGCCAUCACCAAGCGUGUCCCCACCGCCUGUAUUCAACACUACAAUGCAUUUGUAAAACUAUAUUUGCAUCCAAGACAAUAAAGAAAACUUAUUUUUUUGAAAA